CAAUUUGAGAUGUAGCGUAUCGUGUGUGUGGGGUGUAUAUAAGGUGGGGUGGUCCGUUGGAUGGUCAACAGUCUCCUCCCAACCUCACAAUGGCUCUCAAGUUGGUAGCAUUUUCCGCCCUGAUCGCGGUCGCCAGAGCAGGCUACGCCGCCCCUGCCUACGCAGCCCCUGCUUAUGCCGCACACGCCUACGCAGCCCCUGCUUACGCUGCUCCUGCCUAUAGUCACGCCUACGCUGCCCCCGCUGUAGCCAAGUACGUGGCCCCUGUUGCUAAGUACGCUGCUCCCGUUGCCUAUGCUGCUGCCCCCGCCUACCACGCCGCUCCUGCCUACGCACCCGCUUACGCAGCAAAGGCCGUUGUCGACGAGUACGACCCCCAUCCCCAGUACUCCUUCGCCUACGACAUCCAGGACGCUCACACCGGUGACUACAAGAGCCAGCACGAGAGCCGUGAUGGAGACGUUGUUCACGGAUCCUACAGCCUGGUCGAGCCUGACGGUUCCAAGCGUACCGUAGAGUACACCGCCGACCCCCAUAACGGAUUCAACGCCGUCGUCCACAAGGAGGCUGGUGCUCACCCCGUUGCAUACGCCGCUCCUGUAGCUAAGUACGCUGCACCUGUUGCAUACGCACCCGUUGCCAAGUACGCCGCUCCCGUCGCCAAGUACGCCGCUCCCGCCUACACUACUUACGCAGCUCCCGUCGCUAAGUACGCCGCUCCUGCCUAUGGGUACGCCGCUCCUGUAGCCAAGUACGCCGCCCCCGCCUACGCUAGCUACGCUGCUCCCGCCUACGCUUAUGGACACGGAUACCAUUUGGUUGUUCUUGCUGCUUUGGUAGCCAUCUCCACAGGAGCAGUCGUUCCCGGCUAUCCUGCACCGGCCUACCAUGCCGCUCCCGCUGUCUACCACGCCGCCCCCGCUUACCAUGCAGCCCCCGCUUACCACGCCGCCCCCGCUUACCAUGCCGCCCCCGCUUACCACGCCGCCCCUGCUGCCGCCGUAGACGAGUACGACCCCCAUCCCCAGUACUCCUUCGCCUACGACAUCCAGGACGCUCACACCGGUGACAUCAAGAGCCAGCACGAGAGCCGUGAUGGAGACGUCGUCCAGGGAUCCUACAGCCUGGUCGAGCCUGACGGUUCCAAGCGUACCGUAGAGUACACCGCCGACCCCCACAACGGAUUCAACGCCGUCGUCCACAAGGAGGCUGGUGCUCACCCUGCCCCCGCUCACUACGCCGCCCCCGCGCACUAUGCCGCCCCGCUCACUACGCCGCCCCCGCUCACUACGCCGCCCCUGCGUAUGCUCUGCAUCAUUAAUCCCUAACCUAAAAGAUGUAUGUACAUAAUUGUAAUUAUUUAUGUUAAUUUUAAUAAACUUUGUUAUGAACUA